AUGGACUAUCCUGGAGUGGAGCUGAAGAAGUUGAAUAAUUACGUGAAGAAACUCGGUCCGCUCCUGAACCCCGUUUUCGGUGAGCAACCAGCGUUUUUCAUCGACGAAGGCCGCUUUAUUCCGUAUCGAAUGGCCACGUACGGCAUGGAGAUAUUGGUCGCCAAGAUCAUAAGAAUCUUGGAUGAAUGGACGACGUGGUCACGAAUAGGAGGCAGAGUUACAUCUUCGCAAGGAGCCUUCAUUUUUAACACUGACGUUCGAAUGCCGGACGUCGCGUACACGCCUCCUGGUACCCAUAGAGAUUUAUCGAAUGGGUCAACGUGGACGUAUCAUGGUGAGCCAUUCGUUCCUACGGUCGUUAUUGAGAUUGAUAAGCUUUCUGGACAAGGCUCCCAGCGCAGCGCUCUCGAUCGCAAGAUGAGAAAUGAAUAUUUCCAGCAUGGCGUCCGUUUGGGUUGGCUGAUCGACCCACGCCCAGACUGUCAGCGUAUGUACGAGUAUUACCUCUACAAUAAUGGAGGCGUGCAAUGCUCUGACAACACUGCGUGGCGAGAUCUUAGCGGCGGCAAUAAUUCAGGAUCGUCGUCAGAAGAAGAAGUUGAUUUGGAGUGUCCAUAUCCAACAUGCAUAGAACGCUUCAGAUAUCCUGGUGCUAUCACCGCCCACGUUGAAUGGCAUCGUGUCGAACGUGUUUGUCAAAAGUAUCGAGCGAAUCGAAUGUAA